AUGGAAGCUUUGCAUGCACAGGUCAUGUACUUCCAGGAUGAGCUGGACGACAAAGAGAGGGAGCUAGAGGAGGCCAAGCUCCAGCUCGACUCCCUGGAGCGCGAAACGAGCGACCGCGUCGCUCCCCUGGAGUACGUGCAGAAGAAAAUAGACAAUCGAUCCAAGAUCCAGCAAGAAGCAGCAGCAUGCGAGGAGGUGGAGGAGCGCAAAAGGAAGAAGCGGCAAAAGACUGUUGGGCGGGGCACAACCGCCGUGCUGCCGCGCCUGCGUCUGCCGAACCACUCCAUCGUCCUGACUGCGGGUGAUGGCUCCUUCGGCCAAGAGGAUGGACCCAAGCCGGGCACCAUCUCCUGCCGCCAGCAAGAGGAGCUCGCCGGACAAUGCCAAGCUCUCCGAAAGAGCAGGCGGCGACUUGAAUCAGAGCACCGCCAGAUCUUGGAGGAGAUUCAGGAUAUUACCGUGACGACGCAUCGGAUCGAAAUGGACAGGAGAUUGACCUCUACGUGCACGGAACUGUGGCACGCCGUGCCUGGUGUUUUCGGCCGGGUCGCGAAGCUCUGCAACCCGAUUCACAAACGGUUCCGUGUGGCGCUCAAUGUAGCGCUGAGCGGGCACCUGGAUGCAGUCGUCACGCAGACGGUUCACGGAGCCCACAUGGCUCGUUCCUACCUCAAGGAUCGAAUGCUGGCGCCACUGACUUUCCUGCCCCUGGACAACGGGCUGCUGAAGAGCAUGGUCACGGACCCACGGCUCCACGAGGCCCUGCAAGGCCGUACGAAGCUGCGUCCGGCUCUCAGUUGCAUCUCCUUCGAGUCCUCGUUGAGUCGUGCUUUCGACUUCCUCCUGUCGGAUGUAGUGGUUGCCGAUUCCUUGCAUGACGGCCGUGAGUUUGUCUUCGGCGUUGUGAAGGAGCUGGGCCUGAAGUGCAGGGUGGUGACGCUCAGCGGGGAAGUGAUCUCUCGGGACGGGAACCUUGCUGUCAAAGGCGCGGGUGCAAAACCAGGUGUCACGCACUUUGACGUCAACGCCCUUGAGGCGGCCUGCGGCCGCCUGGAGGUCCUGCAGACGCAGCUUGCCCAGCUCGACUCCGCAGUAGCGCAUGCGGAGGCAGCGAAGGCACGUCAUGCAGUUCCCACAAGGCGACCUACGUGA